UACCUUCCAUGCAAAGUUGGAAAAAGAAAAAAAGAUACAGAAACCUUUUUUUCUUUAUUCUCUCUGUCUGUAACAUUCAAUUUAUCAACACUGUUUCAAAGAAAUGGCUUCUCUUACGCCUAGAGUGUUGAUCAAGCUUCUCCAGACAAUGAACACAAACAUCAAAGUCCGAGGAGAAUACCGGUCUGUUCUUCUGCAGGUGAUCAGCAUUGUCCCUGCUUUAGCCGGCUCGGAGCUUUGGCCCAACCAAGGCUUCUUCAUCAAAGUCUCGGAUUCUUCUCACUCCACAUACGUCUCGUUGAGAAACGAAGACAACGAACUCAUCUUGAACAACAAACUGGGACUGGGACAGUUCUUCUACGUCGAUAAGCUCGAACCUGGGACGCCUGUUCCUGUGAUGGUGGGAGUUAGACCCAUCUCUGGACGCCAUCCUUUUGUAGGAAACCCCAAAGAUUUGAUGCAGAUGUUGGUUCCCACCGAGACAACAACAACACCACCUAUGCAAGAAGAUAAUCACAAACAGAAGAAGGAUGGUGCGAGAUCAAACGCGGUGGAGAGUCUAAGAAGGCGUCAAGAUUUUGUAAUCAAGGAGGAGAAAACAGGCGUGGCGUCAAGAUAUAUGCAAGGCGUUUCAAACGCAAGGGUGAGUGGAUCAGACUCGAGUAGUGGUGGUAGCAACAAUGAGAGCGAGGCUGGAUCAGUGAAGGCGAGUAAGAGAGUUGGUGGUUUGGCUAAGGGCAAGCAAAGGGAGCAUAAAGAUCAGGUACGUCAAGCUUGUCCUCCACAGUCUCAGUCUCGGCCUGCGACAGCUCCAACGAAGGCAGAACAAAAGAUAAAUCAUAUAAACAGGAAGAGUAAUUCUUCUGAGGAUGCAUCAUGGAGAUCUCUGCCUGCUAAUCUAACAAAAAUGGGUAAAGGAAUGCUGAGGAGGAGAAAUAUUGCUGUUCUGCUUGCUGCAGAAGCACAAAGAGAUGCAUUGGCUGCUUCACAUCUUCUCAAGUGUAUCAAUAUGUUUGCUGAUCUCAGCUCAAGUGCUUCACCAAAGAAUCCACAUACCUCUCUCAGAAGCUUCUUCAACCUCCAGAGUCUACUUGACCAAGCACAGCUCACAGCUGCACCAUCGAAAGAGAAACCACUCCAGCUUUUGAAUAUUCAUCCAGUAUGUACUGAACCUGAGAAGCUGAGCAAAAGAGCGAGUCUAGCAUCAAGCAGAGCCACAACAAAGUCUUCAAAAACUCUAACAGAAGCCGAGAAGCUAGAGUGGGUCACAGGGAACGGUACAAAAGAGAUAAAAGCAAUGAGAGACACUAUGACACAAGAAACAAGAAGCUGGUUUAUGAGAUUCUUGGAAGAGGCAAUAGAUACUGGGUUUCAUGCUAGUGUCCAAGUUAAGAAAGGUAAAACCAAAGGAUCACGAGCAGAGGAACCAGAUAAUCACAUUGCCGAGACUUUAUCUCAACUUAAGCAAGCAAACGAGUGGCUGGACAAAGUUAAAAGUGAUCACCACUCUAGUGAUGAUGAUUCUUUGUUAGAGAACAUAGAACGGUUGAAGAAGAAAAUAUACUCUUGCUUGCUACUUUAUGUUGAUUCAGCUGCAUCAGCUAUCGCAGUAUCAACAAGCUCGUGAACAAUGAAAUAACUUUACACAUUGAACUAGAACCUAAGCUGUAAACAUUGUGUGCACUAAUUCAUUGUAUAUAAAAGACACUGUGAUAAUAGAUACUUGAUAGUUAUAUUGCCAA